AUGGGGGUAAGUCAAUCCACAGUUUUCAGAUGGAAAAAGAAGAAGCUGAUCAGAAAACAUACCAAUGCCAUCAAACCACACUUAAGUGACAACAACAAAGUUGACAGGUUAAUUUAUUCACCUAGUUGUACAUUAAAUUCAAUGACAAACACAUUUAAGUUCACAGACAUGUCAAACAUAGUCCAAAUUGACGAGAAAUUUUUUUAUAUUACAAAAGAACAACAGACUUAUUACUUGUCACCUGGGGAAAUUGAACCACAUAGAGAGAUUCAGUCUAAGAGAUUUAUCCCAAAUAUCAUAUUCAUGUGUGCAAUAGCUCAACAUAUAUUUGGAACUAAUGGUGAAGUUAUUUUUGAUGAAAAGAUAAGAAUCUUUCCUUUUACAUCACAGGUUCCAGCUCAAAGAAAAUCAAAGAACAAGGAGAACGGAGUGUUGGAAACCAAACCAAUACAAUCCAUCACUAAACAACACAUUAGGGCAAUGCUUAUUGAUAACAUCUUACCAACAAUAAGAGAGAAGGGGCCAACACACAAGAGCAAGACCAUAUUCAUCUAA